GUGUGCUGAAGAGGUUCAUUUAUGUGGAGAAGCUGCUGCUAUUGACCUGGUUACUGAGCUUUUGUACACGACUGGGGAGGAAGUGGAGCCCAGUAUCAAUGAAAAGGGAGAGAAGGAACUAGAACCAAUCACCACUUCUCAAGCCUUGCAGAUUGCUGGCAGAGCUGGUAGAUUCAGUUCGAAAUAUAAAGAAGGAGAGGUUACAACAAUGAAUCGAGAAGACCUCCGUUUAUUAAAGGAGAUUUUGAAUAAGCCUGUCGAUCCUAUAAAGGCAGCUGGUCUUCAUCCAACUGCUGAACAGAUUGAAAUGUUUGCCUACCAUCUGCCUGAUACAACACUGUCUAAUCUCAUUGAUAUUUUUGUAGACUUUUCACAAGUUGAUGGGCAGUAUUUUGUCUGCAAUCUGGAUGAUUUUAAGUUUUCUGCGGAGUUGAUCCAGCAUAUUCCAUUAAGCCUGCGAGUGAGGUAUGUGUUCUGCACAGCCCCUAUCAACAAGAAGCAGCCUUUCGUCUGCUCUUCACUGUUACAGUUUGCCAGGCAGUAUAGCAGGAACGAGCCCUUGACCUUUGCAUGGUUACGCCGAUAUAUUAAAUGGCCAUUACAUCCACCUAAUAAUAUUAAAGACCUCAUGGAUCUUGAAGCUGUCCACGAUGUCUUGGAUCUUUACCUGUGGCUAAGCUAUCGGUUUAUAGAUAUGUUUCCAGAUGCCAGCCUUGUUCGAGACCUGCAGAAAGAGCUAGAUGGCAUUAUCCAAGAGGGUGUACACAACAUCACCAAACUGAUUAAAAUUUCAGAGGCACAAAGGCUGUUGAAUUUGGAGAAUGUGUCAGCAGACAGCCGGUCUCGUUUGCCAGGAACAUUGAAGAGCCAAGCAAGAAGGAUGCGCGGUACCAAAACUUUAGGGUAUAAAGCUGUUGAGCCACCCAGCCCCAGUGCGGAAGAGAAAUCCCUUGCUUCCAGGUUGGUGCAGCAAGGACUCCUCACUGCAGACAUGCUGAAACAGCUGGAGAAGGAGUGGCUGACACAGCGGACUGAGCAUGGCAAAGACAGGACAGCGCCUGGGACUUCCUCCAAAGGGUCAAGAAGAAAGAAGAAGGAACCUGAUUCAGAUUAGGUUUAUUUUAUUUUAUUUUUAUUUUGCAAAUAUCUAUUUUAAAAUUC